CAUGGCCGAUUUUUGUAUGAGUUACUAAUUUCAAUUUACACAAAUGAUAUUUGGUAUUUUAUGAUGCUAAAAAUUGGUAUAUUAAAUUACUAUAAAUAUUAAACUCGCAGAAGUUGUCAUUACAACAGACUAGACUUAAACAUGUCAUGUUUAUUUCGCGCGAAACGUCCGCUUCUAUGUACUAUGUUGCAUUGCAAAAUGGUGAACCGCGCUGGCUCGCUGACCGCUGACCGUCGUAGGCUCGUCUUCCAAAUAAUGACGAGCUCUAGGUAUUGCAAGAUUUAUAAGUAAGAAUAAUUAUUUAUUUAUAGUAUAAAUAAAUAAUUCUUCUGAUAGUAAAGCACUUAUGACGCUUCACAAUAUCAUACAGAUGUUGAGAAUUAUUACGGUAACCUGACAUGGAUUAAGUAAUAGUAGGCCACAUUUUUAUCGAAUUAUUCAGAAUCGUACACCGAGAAAAAUAUCCAACGCUGAAAAUGUGACCUACUAAAACCACUAAAAUGUAUAUACAAAAUAGGCCUGAAGUUCUGAUCUGGUGGUAGAUAGGUGUAUUAGUAGUGGCUAAUUAUUGAGACGACGAGACGUAUCCCCAAGCGAUUUAGCGGUGUAGUACGUUACCUACCUGUAGAUCUCUAUGUGGCAAAAAAAAGGUAGGUACAUCUUCGUUUAUUAUUAUCUAUAACGCCUACCUACAAAUAAUUGUUACAUGUUUAGCAGUACAGUAUAUCUACUGUGGUACAGUGCUAAAAUACCUAUGAACUUGUUUAAAUCAGAUUAUUUUUUUAAAAGGUUUUAUAGUGCUUCAUUAAUAACAUGAGUUGGUUGCUCUCUAUAUAACCAGACGUAUAAACAUAUAAAAAAAUUGAUGUGUAUGUAGUUAUUUACACGAUACUACACCUAAGUCAUUUAGGCAUGGUAUGGAUUUUAUUUUGAUUAUUAGCUGACGCCGCGCGGUUUCACCCGCCUGGUUCCCGUUCCCGUAAGAAUACGGGGAUUAUAUAUAUGCCAUAACCUUCCUCGAUAAAUGGGCUAUCUAACACUGAAAGAAUUUUUCAAAUCGGACCAGUAGUUCUUAAAAUUAGCGCGAGUAUUCUUUGGACAGAAGCCUUGGAUGUGGACGAAUUCAUAUUGCAAUCUUUUUAUUUUUAAAUAAAAACUGAGAAGUUCAGAGAGGUUAAGAAUUAUGUGUUAAUUCAUCUUUCUAUUUUUAUUAUAUAAAUACACUUGCUAAGUACGUGUAAACGCAAUGUCACUUUUCGGCCAUGUCCUUUACUUGCAGAUAUAUGGCUUCUGGGUGUUCAUACAAGGAUUUACAUUACGCCUACCGAGUCGGAGUGUCUACGAUCAGUAACAUUAUUAAGGAAGUAACGAAUGCUAUUUGGAACAAUUUGCAUGGGGAGUUUAUGACAUUACCCAACACAAUAUCUGACUGGGAAUAUAUGGGACACCGGACAGAGUGUUCACAUUACAUCGGAUCCCGGAAGAAAUUCGGACAGUCCUCAGUUGAAUUUGGACCUGCGCGCACAAUGGACGACGAAAUUGUUGUGUUGUGGUGGUAUCUUAAUAGAAGGCAAAAUAAAAGAAAACAUUGGGUACACCCUAUUUUACGGAAAAGAUUUUCACUUGGAACAUUUGAAACAUUAAUGGGUGAACUCAGAAGAGACGAAUCAAGUUCUUCAAUUAUUUUCGAAUGACAGCAACCACUUUUGACGAUUUACUGGGACGACUAGACAUAAGAGUACGAGAUACAAGUUUCAGAGAAUGUAUUUGCCCAGAACAAAGAUUAGCCAUAUGUCUAAGAUAUUUAGCUUCAGGAUGUUCAUUCAAAGAAAUACAUUACUCAUACAGAGUAGGCGUUUCGACAAUAAGUAAACUAAUAAAAGAAAUGACCCACGUCAUUUGGGAAAACCUAAAGACAGAUUUCCUUAAGCUGCCUGAUACUGAGAGAGAAUGGGAGGACAUCGCUUCAGGAUUCGAAAGAAAAGCCAACUUUCCUCACUGUCUUGGAGCAGUAGAUGGCAAACAUAUCAGAAUUUUGAAACCAGCCAAGAGUGGUUCUAUGUUCUUUAAUUACAAGGAGUAUUAUUCUUUUGUAUUAAUGGCAGUUGUCGAUUCAGAGUACCGAUUUAUUUUUAUUAGUGUGGGCUCAUUUGGCAAGGAAUGCGAUUCUAGUAUAUUAAAGGAUAGUACAUUUUGGCAAAAGAUCAAUGAUGGUACUUUAAAUGUACCAAAGCCUAGACCGCUUCAUGAAAACUUGCACGAAGAAUUACCGUUUAUACUUGUUGGCGAUGAAGGCUUUGCUUUAACACCUAAUCUCCUACGUCCAUAUGGAGGUACACAUUUGAAUACUGAUAAAAAGAUUUUUAACUAUAGACUAAGUCGAGCAAGAAGGUAUGUUGAGUGCGCUUUUGGUAUUCUGGCAAAUAAGUGGCGAAUAAUCCAUCGAGCUAUAGAUCUCAACGUAGACACAGCAAUUCAAGUAAUUAAAGCUUGUGCAGUCUUACAUAAUUUUGUAAGAGAAAAAGAUGGUAUAAAUUUUGAAAGUUACCAAAAUAUAGAACAUAGACAAGAACAAGAAACUACACCCAUGAAUCGAAAUGUGUCGAGUCGAGGUGGCCCUAAUGCCAACGCUAUACGGACAUUAUUUACUAAUUAUUUUGUUUCAGAUAUUGGUUCCGUUCCGUGGCAGGCAGCAGCUAUAAAAUAAAAUUUGUCAAUGCAUUUACAUUUUAUCAAUAAAACAU